AUGGUGUUCGUGCCCUCGAUAGCGGCCACGUUGGCCGCGGCCUUGGCUUUGACUCCCGUCCUCGUAGCGGGACACCCCGGAGAGAAAUACGGGAAGCGAGAGGCCAUGGAGGAGAUGGGGAAUGCCCACGUCGUUUCGACGAUGAAUGCGAGGGCUUUGGAGGCGUGCCAGAAUUCGCCGGCCGUUAAGGCGCGCAAGGAACGUGCUGGUGAGUCUACCACCACCCCCUUUAUCCUGCUGCCCUCGUCGCUCGACGCGCAGAGACAUUCGCACGACUUCGUCGGGAAAGGAACAUUGAGAACGGUAUGCAACAUCCCCGUGCCCACCUGCAUACCCAGCUCGCUAAAACCGUCUUCUAACCCACCCCUCUCUCCCACCACAGCCCCCUGGCUCCACCGCCGCGACGCCGCCUCCCUGCAAAAAUGGGCAGCGCAGUCGCACGACAAGACAGGGACCGUCGACUUCGACAAGGACACGCCCAUCUCCGACAUCUUCGGCUCGAACACGAGCUGCGUGCUCACGCCCGACAACGCCAACGGGCCGUACUUCGUGUACCAGGAGCGGAUCCGCAGCGACGUCGUCGAGGGCACCGCCGGCGUGCCGCUGCACCUCGAGCUGCAGUUCAUCGACGUGCAGACGUGCGCGCCGGCGGGGGCGGGGGCGGGGGCGGGGCUGCUGAUCGACACGUGGUCGUGCAACGCGACGGGGGCCUACAGCGGCGUGAGCGCGCGGGGCGAGGGCGGGCUCGGCACGACGUACCUGCGCGGGGCGCAGGUCGCGGACGGCGACGGCGUCGUCAGCUUCGACACCAUCUUCCCGGGCCACUACCAGGGGCGCGCGACGCACCAGCACCUGAUCGCGCACGUCGGCGCGCGCGUCCUCCCCAACGGCACCUACUCCGGCGGCACCGUCGCCCACCUCAGCCAGCUGUUCUUCGACCAGGCCCUGCGCGACGCCGUCGAGGCCACCCCGCCCUACAGCGCCAACACCAUCCCCCACACCCCGAACCUGCGCGACUGGUUCACCGGCUACGCCGCCACCCCGGACUACGACCCCUUCCCGAACUAUGUCAUGCUGGGCGGGAGUCUGGACGACGGGCUGUUCCUGUGGGCGGAGCUGGGGCUGAACACGUCGUCGAACUGGGAUUACUAUGCGCCGUAUGCGGCGACGUGGAAGGAGGGGGGAGGGUACGAUAAUCCGGAUUUUGACUUUAGGGCUGUGGCUAGUCCGCCGCCGACGCAUGGGUAA